GAAUCGAGCGUUUGCUGAACCGAACGAUCAUCACAUAUUUUGCAUAUUUUACUAAAAUUGGCAAUUUUAGCUAUGUUUGUUUCCGACACAAAUAUUUUUCCCUCGUCAGCUUUGAAAAUCCGUAUAUCUUGUCCCGACGGGACUGAUAUAUUUGCAAGUUUCCUCCCGGAAUCAACUGUGGACAAUCUUAAAGUUGCCAUUCUUGGCAAUAUUUUACAAGAUUCAGCGCUAAGCUUGAAGGAAUCACUGUAUUACAAAGUUGUGUUGGUGAGAACAUUGAGGUCUUUAGAAGAUGACAAGACUCUUCUUGAACAAGGAGUGGAAGACAAUGAUGAAGUUAUUCUGCUGAAAAGAAGGUUGAUGCCAUCUCAGUUCGAAAAGGGGGGAGAUAAAAAUAAAAUCGAGGAAGGCAGGAAGGGUCCUACUUCUUCUGAAAUACUGGCAGCAACAUCCACCAUGCCAUUCAAAGACCGGCUUGGUGGCAGUGAGGCGGCUGUCUCCAAUUCUGUAGAUUUCCAGGCAGAGCUUCGUAAGAUUCUGAUCUCCCUGAUUGACGUCUCCCAGAAGCUGUUGUGUUUGAACCCAGAGGCCAGCAAGAUUUUCCAACAGGCAGAAGAGAUUCUAAAUGAGGGUUCCCCGCCUGAGCGAGUGGACGAGGACUCUGUUCGCCAGCUUACUGACAUGGGAUUCUCCGCGUCUAGGGCCAGAAAGGCUCUGUCUGUAAACAAGAUGUCAGUGAUGUCAGCCAUGGAGUGGCUACUGCAGCACUCUGAGGAUUCAGACAUUGACAGUCCUGCUGAGGACCAGGGGGAGACAUGUCCAGAGCUUGGUGCAGAAGGAGGCAGUCAAGUGGACCGCGUUUCAGAAGACGAGAACAGCACGGAAUCCCGUGUGUCUGAGGGCAGAGCGCACACAGAAUCUGGCUUGUUAGAAGGUGGUGCACACACAGAAUCCCCGUGCAAGGUUUCUAACAUCCUACAGUCACUGCGGGCCUACAGGAAGAGGGAGUUUAAGCCCAACCAGAAGACAUUGCAGUCGCUGGUUGAGAUGGGGUUUGAGGAGACUGACUGUAUCAAUGCUUUGCGGUCAACCAGGAAUGACGGGGAUGCGGCGUGUGAGAUGUUGAUCAACAACAAGAAACCAGCCCCAGAGGAGGUGGAUGAAGGCAUGGACCGGGAGAGUCCAUUGUUCAGGGCUAUAAUGUCAAACCCUGCCGUCCAACUAGGCCUCAAUAACCCCCGUUGCCUGCUAGCAUUUAUUCAGAUGUUGGAGCAUCCACACACAGCGAACCAGUGGCUGAGUGACCCGGAGACAGCACCACUCCUCGUGCACAUCUCCCGCAUCUACCACGCCGAGAAACACUCCAAACAGCAGCAGCAGCAUGAGGAAAUGGUGCACAAACAGUCUUCAUAACAAAAGCAACAGCAGCACAUGGAAAGGGCGGUCAAACAGUCUACAUAAAAACAGCAGCAGCAGCACAAAGAAAGGACGUUCAAACAGUCUUCAUAACAACAGCAGCAGCAGCUGCGGCAUGACAAAAAGGAAGCACAACAGCAGCAUCAGUACAUAGAAAGGGCACUCAAAAAGUUUUCAUAACAACAGCAGCAACAGCAUGACAAAAAGGAUGCAAAAACUGGCUUCAUAACAAUAGCAAAAUCAACACAUUGAAAAGUUGCACAAGCAGUCUUCAUAACAAAAGCAGCAUCAACAUGAGAAAAGGACGUACAAACAGGCUUCGUAACAACAGCAACAUCAGCACAUGAAAAGGGCGCACAAGCAGUCUUCAUAGCAACAGCAGGAAAAAAAGGCCAACAACCAGGCUUCCUAACAAAAGCAGCAGCACAAGGUUCCUCAAACAGGCUUCCUCACAACAGCAGCGUCAUCAGCAGCAAAAGGGUGCACAUACAGGCUUCAUAACAACAGCAUCAUCAUCAGCAGCAAAAGGGUGCACAUACAGGCUUCAUAACAGCAUCAUCAUCAGCAGCAAAAGGGUGCACAUACAGGCUUCAUAACAACAGCAGCAGUAGCAGCAGCAAUACAAAGCUGCAUAAUAAUAGGUUGGUUAUUCAUGUGAUGGGAACAAGUUGAGAACCAACUAGAGUAGCAUCUGAAAUUUAUGUGUGUAAUGUUGCCUGAUGGUUUUUUUUAUGUAUGUAGUGAAGCUUCUUGGUAAGGUGGCACCCAUCAUCCAUAAAAAUAUAACUAAUUUUACCAAACAAUUGUAUGUUUGUCAAGUCUUCUAUAUUUAUCAAAUGUUUGAUCACUUCUCUUAUUUGAGAUACCUUUGAUUCAUUAUUCAACAGAAUCAUAUACAGUUUUUGAUGGGUUUUUUAAUCAAUAUAAUGUUGUUUGAAUACAUGAUCAUAUAUACUGGAUAUCCUAACUAACCUCACAGAUGCCUGUUCAUGCCAAACAUGCCAAUGUCAUGGUUUUACUUGCGUGUUAAUAUAAUGGUUCAUUUGUUAUAGAUUUUAUUGUUACCCAUUAUACAGCUAGUGCAAUGAAAUAAAAUAUCAUGUUAUA